CAAAAAAAAUCCCGAAGAUUUUCUCACAAAAAAGUACUAUUCCAUAAAAAAGUUACUCCAUUACUUUAAUUCCCGUCCAUAAAAGUAGAAGUAGCUAGUACGGUAUAAAAGCAGUGGUUGUGUGUUGGUGAAUUCCCCCCACAGUCUUGAAAGUAAACAAGAAGAAGCGGGAGUGGCAGUAGCAGAGCUGCCUUUUCUCUUGUAUUUUGAAAUUUGAAACUCACCCAAUUCUCCCAUGGAAAGCGGGUCGGGUCGGCGUCGGGUGGGCUUAGUUUAUGAUGAGAGGAUGUGCAAGCAUUUUAACCCCUACUACCAUCCUGAGAACCCCUCCAGGAUCCGCUCCAUUUGGGACAAGCUUCAGUCUGCUGGGAUUCAUAACAGAUGCGUGAUUGUAGAUGCAAAAGAAGCAGAUGAUAAGUACUUGGCUUUGGUUCACUCCGAGAAGCACAUUGAUUUGAUCAAGAAUAUUAGCUCCAAAAAACUGGCUUCCCAAAGAAACAGGAUUGCUACAAGAUUUAAUUCAAUCUAUUUUAAUGAAGGUUCAUCAGAAGCUGCAUAUCUAGCUGCAGGCUCUGUCAUUGAGGUUGCUGAAAAAGUUGUCAAGGGUGAAUUGAACUCUGCCUUUGCCAUAGUUAGACCUCCUGGACAUCACGCAGAAGAACAUCAGCCUAUGGGAUUUUGCUUAUACAAUAAUGUGGGAAUCACAACAAGGUUCUUGUUGGAUACAAAGCCGGAGUUGGGAAUUAAGAAAAUAUUGAUUGUCGAUUGGGAUGUUCAUCAUGGAAACGGGACUCAAAAAAUGUUUUGGAAGGAUCCUCGAGUGCUAUUUUUCUCCGUGCACCGGCACGAGUUUGGGAACUUCUAUCCAGCUGGAGAUGAUGGCUCUUAUAUAAUGACAGGAGAAGGUCCAGGUGCUGGAUUCAAUAUUAACGUUCCCUGGGAGAAUGCUCGGUGUGGGGAUGCUGACUAUUUGGCAGUUUGGGAUCAUAUACUGAUUCCAGUAGCCAAGGAAUUUAAUCCUGACCUGGUUAUAGUCUCUGCAGGAUUUGAUGCUGCCAUCGAUGAUCCUCUUGGUGGAUGUUGUGUUACACCAUCCGGCUUUUCUGUCAUGUUGGAAAAGUUAAUGGGAUUUGCUGGGGGAAGGAUUGUCAUGGCACUAGAAGGAGGAUACAACCUUAAUUCAAUAGCAAAUUCUGUACUUGCUUGUGUAGAGGUGCUGCUAGAGGAGAAAAAUAUCACUAGAACUCUCAAGGAUUAUCCAUUCGACUCGACAUGGGGAGUGAUAAACUUGGUUCGUAAGGAAUUAUCUCCAUACUGGCCAAUACUUGCUGAGAAAUUGCCUGAAAAAUUGAACAGCAGGAAAGCACCUCAAGUUCAGUUUCAAAGCUCUGACUCCGAAGAUGAGUAUGAUGAUGAUUUGCGUAGAGUAUUGUCGGUGGAAAAUGAAAAAGUUGUUGAGGAUGUCAUUGAACCCCUGCUGAAGCUCAAAGUUAAUGAGCAAGUUCUAGAUAAUUUGAGCUCUGCUCCUCCUCCUUGGAGAUCAAAGCUUUCACAGGUUGAUGUCUGGUAUGCUACAUUUGGAUCCAACAUGAGCAUAUCAAGGUUCCUCUGCUAUAUUGAAGGUGGACAGACUGAAGGCAUGCGAAAGAAAUGUUCAGGAUCGAUGGACACAAGGCACCCAAAAGAAACUGUGUGGAAGACUGUCCCACACCGUUUAUUCUUUGGUCAUGAUUGUACUAGUACUUGGGGCCCUGGAGGAGUUGCUUUUCUACACCCUAGAAGCACUGAAGGCGAUGAAACUCAUAUGUGUUUGUAUAAAAUUACGCUUGAGCAGUUCAAUGAUGUUUUGCUUCAAGAGAACACUUCAAGCAUUGACACAACUUCCCCUCUAUUUGAUAUAAGUGAUUUGCAUACAAUUACAGACAACCAGUUCUUUCCUGUGGAAGCACUAAAGACGGGCUGGUACCAUAAUGUAGUUUACUUGGGGAAGGAAAAAGAUAUUCCAAUACUUACAAUGACGUGCCCUGUUUCUGACAUAGAGCUCUUUAAAACUGGGAAGCUUCCACUUUGUGAACCUUGCGAAGAAUAUGCAAAUACAUUGGUUAAAGGGCUGACAGAAAGUAAGCGGCUCUCUAAGGAGGAAGCCAUUUCUUAUAUUAAGGAAGCUUCUUCCAAAGCAUUGUAAAUGCCAGCUUAAUUUGAUCUGCAUGUAUUGAUGUGCUUACAUAGUACCUUGGACCCUGCUUGAUUCUGAGGGGGACAUGACGGGCAUUGUUUACGUCGGACCCUGCUUGAUAUUAAGCGUAUUUCUAGGUUUUCUUGUUUGAUUUGUGUGUACAAUAUGUGUAGUUACUAGUUUAAAGUUGUAUGAAUGUUUGUUUAUGUGAUAUUAAUCGUAUUUUUAGAUUUUCUUGUUUGA